AUGAAUUUUUACUCCAUCAAUUCAUUCCUCCAGGAUUGUUCUCAAUCAAAAAGCCUCAAAACCAUCAAGAAAUUUCAUGCACACAUAGUCAGAACAGGCCUCAUCUUUUUCUUCCCUAAUCUUCAGACUAAGCUCAUUUUAACAUAUGCUACUUGCUUUAACAAUAUCAAAACUCGCAACAGUCAAACAUUCACCAACUUGUUCAAAUUCCUGAAUCCCAGAAACCCAUUGCCCUUUAAUUCAAUUAUCUCCCAUUUUUCUCAAAGUGGGCAUCAUUCACUUGCUCUCCAGACCAUCUCUUUCAUGCAUUUCAAUGGAGUUUCCAUGGACUCUUAUGCUAUUUGCAGCUCUUUGACAUCUUCAUCAGGUGAUCAAAAUCUAAUCUUUGGGGAAAUAAUGCAUGCCUUUGUUGUAAAAUCGGGAUGGUUUUCGAGUGUUUUCGUUGGCAGUGCCCUGAUCGAUCUAUGUGCAAAAUUGUCGGGCAUAGAUGAUGCGACAAAGGUGUUUGAUGAAAUGCCUGUUAAGAAUACUGUUUGCGUGAAUGCACUUUUGUCGGGUUUAGCUGAGGCUAAGAUGUGGAAUCAGGGACUGAAAUUGGUCCGGAAAAUACCUUGGUUAGAGCUGGAUUACGACCAUUUUACAUUUGCAGCCGCUUUGCGCUGUUCUGUUGGGCUAUCAGCCAUGGAGUUUGGUCGACAGAUUCAUGGAAUUGUGGUUCGUCAAGUGUGGGAUUUGGGAGCUGAUGUGUUUCUACAGAGUUUAUUGAUUGAAAUGUAUGGGAAGUGUGGGCUAGUAGAGAAAGCUGAGCAAAUUUUUAGCCUGGCUGGGUUCACUCAAGGGAUGGAAAUAAAGAGAGACGUCGUCUUAUGGACUUCAUUGCUUGGAGUUUACGGAAAAAAUGGGAAUCACGAAUCAGUGAUUAUGUUGUUCAGGGAGAUGUUGGAUGAAGGAAUCAGGCCUGAUGGAGUUGCAUUUUUGGCAGUCAUCUCAGCUUGUGGUCAUACCGGUCAAGUGGAUCUUGCUUUUGAAUACUUUACGUCCAUGGCUCACGACUUUGGGUUGAUACUAGGUCCAGAGCAUUACAGUUGUUUGAUUGAUUCACUUUGUCGGGCUGGUGAACUUGAGAAAGCAUGGAAGUUGAUCAGUGAAAUGCCUUGUGAAAUAACUAACAAUUGCACUGUUGCUAUGUGGGGGACAGUGCUAAGUGCUUGCAGUGAAUGCGGAAAUGUUGAGUUGGGAAAAUUGGCUGGUCAAAGGGCGCUUCAAUUAGAACCGGAAAACACUGGAAUUAUUGUUUUACUGUCGAAUAUGUACGCCAACCAUGGUAUGUGGGAUGAGAUUGAACAGUUAAGGGAAUCGAUGAAGGGAAGAAAGAUAAUAAAAGAUAUUGGAUGCAGUUGGGUAGAUGUUGCUUCAUGA